AUGGAGCAGACAGGGAGAGGGGAGCCAGCUGACCCGAAGGUCGGGCUGCCUGGCGGGGCUGCGGGGCGGGGACGCAGACGCCGCGGGAAGCAAACGCAGCAGGACCGGCUCGAGUUCCUUUGGCAGCCGCGGGCCGGGGCAGGGCGGGGGCGCCUGGUUUUCAUCACCCGCGGCGGCGGCGGCUGCGGGCGGGCGGGGCCCGGGCGAGGGCGCCGCACAAAGGGGCCGCUGUCGCGCCGCGCCCGGCCCGCCCCUGCGGCCGCCCCUCGGCUGGUGGCCGCCCCGGGUCCCCGCUGCUCCUCCCUCUCGCGCUCUCUCCCCGGCUCCCGACUGCCCCCUCGGAGACGACUCCGGGGUCGGCGCCCGGGACCCGCCGGCUCGGCGGGCUUAAACCGGGUCAGGGUGAGGGCUGCGCCGGACAGACUGGACCCGAGGAACCAAACUCCGGGCGCCCAGCGGAGGAGCCGCCGCCACCGCCCCCUUCACUAUGCGGGGUACUUGCACCCCGACCUCCUGCGCGAACCCUCUUCCAAGGAGUCAGGCAGGACCCUGGCCCUUCGCGCUGAGCCGGCCCAGGGGUCUCCAUGCCAGCAGGUCAGGCACAAGCUGCUGCCUAGCCGGCCACUCUCUGGGCCUCUGGACCCUCCAUCCCUGGACACAGCCAUCCAGCACACCCUCGCCGGCCUCUACCCUCCCUUUGAAGCCACAGCGCCCACUGUGCUGGCCCAGGUGUUCCGGCUGCUGGAUUCAGACUUCCGGGGCGACGGCCUGAGCUUCCUGCUGGACUUCCUGGUCCCAGCCAAGCGCUUGUGUGAGCAAGUGCGCGAGGCAGCCUGUGCCCCCUACUCACACCGCCUCUUCCUGCACCAGGGCUGGCCGCUCUGCCUGCAGGAGGAGGUUGUGCUCCACUUGGCACCACUCAGUGCCCUCCUGCUGCGUCCGGGGGACUUCUAUCUCCAAGUCGAGCCCCGAGAGGAGCAAUCUGCCUGCAUCACGGUCAAGUACCUCUCCUCGGACCUCCGCAGUGUGGACCGGAAGCCCGUCCCCGCAUCAUCCUACCCUGUGCUUUUCACCCGCGAGUGGCUAGAAGCUAUCAACAGUGACCUGGAGGGAAGAGCCCUCCGGAACUGCCUGGUUGCUUCAGAAAAUGGAAUUGCACCUGUGUCUUGGACCAAACUCACUAGUCCAGAGUUUGUGGAUGCUGGACCACGUGCCUUAAGUGUUGUCUCUCCAGCUGGGAGGCCUCCUCCACCAGAAGCACUCAGUUUGAGUGACCCCCAAGAGCUGCAUGAGGCCGGCUGCCCAAGCAGCCGGAUGUUUCUCAGCCAGGGUCUGGCUGCGGGCAAGGGCAGGACUCACGGGAACAAAUAUCCGGGGCUCAUCAAGGUGCAGCAGGCCAGGCCUGGCGAGGAGACCUUGCAGCUGGACCAUGGGGUCAGCCAGGACUGCGGAGGAGACUAUGUGGCACUCCUGGACUUAUCCAAAGCCAGCAACGGAGGGUUUCCUGGGAGGGAGGUGGUGUCCCCCAGGGCUGGUGCUUUGGGGACACCAGCCAGGCUCUCUGGAACUCAGCACAUUUCUGACCCUCAGAGAAUGCUGCCACUCCCGGGUGACAGUGGGGAACUGGCCUUGGGAUUGGCUUCUGUGCAGCCAGCAAGCUCCCAAGAGGAACCUGGCAUUGGACGCCAGAAACCAAAGAUGGUCCUUGAUGCACCUGCCUGUGAUUCGGGACAGCAACCCCCAGAGCCCAACCUGGAUGCGCUUGAGGAGCGGCUGGACUGCACAACUGACCUUAGGGCUGGUGUCUGCAAAGAACCAGCCACCUGUGAGACACAGAGACUGCUGGGAAAGCCAGAGAACAGGACCCAACCCAGGUCCGGACCCAGACAGGUUUCCUCUCCUCGCCUGCCCCCAGCCUCUCCUGCAGGCCUAGCUGUUGCAGCCAAGGUGGAGAAGACCCAAGACGGAAACGGGAGACUCCCCAAGUUCAUGGUCUCUCCUGAUGGAGACCCUUCCUUCUUUGGGUCCCCAAUUCCUAGGCUGCACUUCUCAUUCCUAGAAGGUCCGAGGCCGUCCUCUGUGCCUCCAGCAGAGGCCUCACCCCAACUGGACUCCCCCAGAUCCCAGGAAGCCAAAGCCUUAGGGAAAGAUGGGACAGCUCAGACCAAAACAUCUGGCUCAGCCGCUGACUCAGGCCUCGGGCCCAGGGCGCAGACGGCCUUCCCACCAGCCUCAGCCAGCCACCCCCAGAGAGGCCCCGCUGUCGGGUUUGAGGAGUCCCCGGGGCCUGCACCAGGGGCUGGGGUUCCGGGUGACAAGAUUCUUCACUCCAGGAUAGCAUGCCUGCCAGGCAGCCGGGACAGGGCUGGGCGGCCGCUGCUCCUGGUGUCCACCAGCCAAGGGGCCUGGGAGGAGUCCUGGUGCACAGCCUCAGAGGUGACUCAGCUGCUGUCCUACCUGUGUGCCAUCCCCAGGUCCGAAGAGAAAGCCACUGGGGUGGUGGUGGUGAUGGAUGCCAGGAAGCAACCCCCACAGGCCGGUCUGGUGGGUGCCCUGCAGGCUGCCCAGGCGCUGGCUCCUGCCUGCAUCCAAAAUGUCCUCUUCCUGGGGGAGGAGCAGGGUGCCCUCCAGCUGAAGACGAACCCCGAUGUCCAGGUGGAAGUGCUGCCCUCCCUGGAGGCCCUCAGCCAGCACGUGGAGCCCGGCCAGCUGCCCGCAGCCCUGGGAGGCCCCUUCCCCUACUGCCACAGCGAGUGGGUGCAAUUCUUCCAGAGGCUGGACCCUUUCCUGGCUGCCCUGCGCCAGGCCUCAUCCCUGCUACGGGCAUCCAUCGAGGAGUUCGAGAAGGGGGACCUCCCUGAGGGGGUGCAGGAGGCCACCAGGUACAUGAGCAAGUUCAAGGAACUGAUGGAGGUUGUGUUGAGAGAUCCGUGCCUCCUGGGCCUCCAGCGGGAAGGUGGAGCCACCUUGGCCAGGCUGCGGCGUAAGGCUGGCCAGCUGGAUGCCAACCCAGACGUCAGGGCCCAUCUGGCUGAAGCCACCACUCUGUAUGGCCUCGUGGAUGAGCAGCUUCAUGUCCUGGUCACCACAUCCAACCACCUCCUAGGGAAGCUGGACCUCCGAGUUCGCCUGGGUCACCUGGAAGGUGCCAUCCACCAGGUCAGCGAGUGGAUGGAGCAGCAGGGCAGUCAGUGCCUGCAGGCGCUGACCCCCGAGGACGGCAGCCUGGAGACUGUGGAGAAGGCGCAUGCUGAGUUUGAAGACUUCUUCCUGCAGGCUGCGGCCCAGUACCGCCGAGGCCUGGAGCUGUCCAAGCAGGCGGCACAGCUGGGAGCUGCAGCCGGAGGCGGCUCGGGCGAGGUGGGGCAAACAGGAUUCCCGGAGCUGGCGGCCUUUGCCCGUACACAGCGGGCCUUCCAAGCCAAGCUGACCCACUUCUACAUGGCAGCCGAGCGCCAGCGCACAGACCUGGAGACACUGCUCCACCUGCACCGCUUCUGCAAGAAGCUAGCAUGGUUCCACAUGGAUUGUCAGGACCUGGUGAGCCAGCUCAGGCUGGGCAAAGGCCAACGGGCCAGCCCUGGGGAUCAGCGCCGCCUUCACCGCUACAUACAGCGCCUGGUGUCCGAGUUCUCCACUGAGAAAUUCACAGCUAUGGAGCUGCAGGUGGCCUCCCUGAGCCAGGCUGGUCUGGGCCAGGACCUGUGGGAGGAGGCCCGGGCAAGACACGAGGAGACUCAGGCCCUCCUGCACAAGGCCCUGGCCCACUGUUCAAGCCCGGGGGUGCCCGCUGCCCACAGGACACCCCCCGAGCUGAGGGGGGUGGCUGCCAAGGGCCAGGGGCCCAGUGGAGAGGUCACUUCCAAGAGCAAGAGGGACGUGCCUUUGCAGAACUCGCUAGGUAUGGAUCGGCUAGCCAAACCCCGCUGGCCGCCUCGGAGUGCCCGGGGGAGGCCAGAUGGAAAUUGCGAGUCUGGCCAGGCUGGGCACCCAGAGCUCGCCCCCGAGCGGUUCCUUGCAGCCCUCUUCCGGCCACGACUCUCUAAGUCCAGCCGGGCCCCCCGGACCCCUGGAGGCAGCUUCUCCUCAGAGGGCACCGAUUCACAGACAUCCCUGGAGGAUUCACCCCAGACCAGUCCCCCUGCGUCCCUCUAG